GUAGAAACGAAGCAUCUAGCCAAACAAAGACUGCUCGAUCUUAUUGGCGGAAUAAUCAUUUGCCAAGGAACUGCAACGAGGCUCUACAACAGGAACAACCAUCAUCGGUCCUCUGCCAGACCCUUUGAAGAAUUGUAUGAACUUAUCGGAAUCAUUAUGCCCCUACAUCAGAAUCCCAUACUGCCUGGAUUCAACCCUGAUCCAAGCAUUGUCAGGGUGAAAGAUGACUUCUUCCUAGUCACGUCCACGUUUGAGUACUUCCCUGGUCUACCAAUAUAUCAUAGCAAAGAUCUGAUAAAGUGGACACUUGUUGGACAUGCCUUGACAAGGCCAUCGCAGUUGAAUCUCAGGACAGGGGAGCCUGGAUCCGGCAUCUGGGCACCAACAAUCCGCUACAAGGACAAUGUCUUCUACAUUACUUCCUGCCUUUGGACCGCUUACUCACCCCAGCAAAACGUGAGAGUAUGGCCUCGAGGAUUCUAUGUCUCGAGUAUAGACCCGUGGAAAGCAGAUAGCUGGUCUGAACCUGUCUACUUCGACCAACCAGGUUUCGAUCAAGAUCUUUUUUGGGACGACGAUGGGACGGUAUACCUCUCGACAUGCCACAGAAUGCUGGAUCACGACAUGAGCAGUGGUCUGAAAGGCUUUGCAGUACAUGUGUCCAAAAUCGACUUGAGCACAGGAACCUCACUGGAUACAUCUCAAGUUGUCCGCAAAUCCCCCUCGGGAGUAGCAGAAGGUUCACACAUCAUCAAGAGAGGGGAGUACUAUUAUCUCUUCGUUGCUGAAGGCGGGACUGAGAGCGGUCACCGCGAGAUGGUAUUUCGAAGUGGAAAUUGUCCCUAUGGUCCUUGGGUAGCUGGACCAAACAACCCCUUGAUCAGCGCUACCACCCAAGAUGAUGUUCAGAAUACGGGACAUGCCGAUCUGGUAGAGGACGCAGCAGGACAGUGGUGGGCCGUAUGUCUUGCGGUCAGGCCACACCGACAGAAUACAAGUGGCCAGGGCCACGAUCAUUUCCUCCCUUCUCCAUUUGGCCGAGAAACUUUCUUGAUGAAGGUAGACUGGCACGAUGAGUGGCCAGUGUUCAACAAGAACGAGAAGCUCCGGCUCACAAUCGAGGCUGACCCAGAGCCUCUCCAGGCUGCCUUCGAGUGGCAGGACAACUUUGCGAAUAGUAAAGAUCUUGAUUUAGGAUGGUACCACAAAAAUACGCCUCUGAAACGUGAAUACUCUCUGGCCGAACGAAACCACCAUUUGCGGCUCUGGGGAGGACCGUACGACCUGCGAUCACUCGAAAGUCCGACCGUGGUCCUCCGCGGACAGACCUUCGCACGCGGCAUAUGGGAGACCAGAUUGGACUUCCUCCCACAUCAACCGCACUGCGAAGCUGGCACUGUCGUCUACUGGAACCCUUACACUUUCUCCAGCAUCGGCAUCCGUAAAGGACCUAAUGGAGAGAGUCGAGUCAUCCGACUGACACGUCCAACUGCGCCAGGGGAGUUCACACAUGUAACUCGACUCCUUCGAUACAUGGGAUCCGUCAGACUGGCUGUCAGGUGCUCUGAGAUGGGGUUCACUCUUGGAUAUGCAGAGCUGGAUGAAGACUAUACAUGGCUCGAGCCAGUAAGCAUGGAUCUCAUGACAGCGAAUCCACCUAGAGGCAUGGCAUUUACAGGUAUGAUGCUUGGGCUGUAUGCUUUUGGAGAGCUUCAAAAGUGUCUCACGCCUGCGGACUUUGCCUUUGCUUCGUUCAAGGCUGAGUAAAGUCGACGAGCUAGUGAGCGGCGGUGGACAAGGAUAGACUUGAACACGUAGUGCUCCGGAUAGAUCUCGACAUCCAGUGAAGAACUGCCUCUCGUGACGGAAC